UUGUCAAAAUUGAACGAAUCGAAAUUGAAAAAUGAACGAGGGGAGUCAGUACUCCAUACAUACGGUAUGCCGCACCUGUCUGAGCACCCUGCACGACACAAUGGCGUACGAUCUCUUUUUGAUUCCGGGCCUGGCCAAAAAACUAUGCGUGUGCACUUCGCUAUCGGUGGAGCAGCAGGAUGGCUUUCCCAAGAACCUUUGCUUCAACUGCUACGCGAAACUGAACGAGUUGCACGACUUCCAGAAGCUGUGCGUGGACUCGGUGCAGAAAUUCCAGGAUUUGGUCUCGAGCAAUGCCUUUACGUGCCAGACGAACUUCGAUGUUUUGGAUCCCAGUGCAGCGGUCGCAGACCUGCCGCCCGACGACGAGGACCACGUCAACUUUGAUCCGCUUUUGAACUCCAAGAUAGAGAUCAUUGAGAAUGAGGAGGAUGUGUUCAAAAUGCUAGAGGAUGUGGAGAAGGAGGUCGAGGAGGUAGAGAAAGAUGAGCUCGGCUCUGCCGAGGAAUCCAACGACUCUUUCAUUGAGAGCGGCAACGACAACGACCAGGAUGAGGACUUUCAGCUGAACAGCAGCGAUGAUGACGUGCCCCUGGCCCAGCGGGCCCGACGCGGGAACAGGCGCGGAACCAAAGCCAAGGCCAGCAAACGACCCAUUAAGGAUGAUUCGGAUGAAUUCAGCUCCUUCUCCGACGACUCGGACUCAGACGGUGAGAAGGGGAGCAGGGAGAAGCCCAAGCGCAAGAGGAUUCCCGCAGCCGAGCGACACCUCCAUCGCCUCAUCGACUGCCACAUUUGUCAUCAGAAGUUCAAGAAGGCCAUUCGCUACGAGGAGCACAUGAAGCACCACAACGAUCUCCUCCCCUUCCAGUGCAAGGUGGAGAGCUGCCGAAAGGGAUUCACCACGGCCAACGGGCUGCGCGUCCACGUAGAGCAUGCACACACGGAGUCAUCGGAAAUGCAUCCGUGCACCUACGAGGGUUGCAACAAAUCUUUUGCCCGGCCCGUGCUACUCAACUUCCACAUGAAGCGGGUGCACAAGGUGGACACGCCCCAAAGGGACUUCCCCUGCACGGAAUGCGACAAGGUUUUCCGCUGCCCCACGGCCCUCAAGAAGCACAUGUACAAGCACACGGGCGAGGAGCUGCCAUUCGCCUGCGAGAUCUGCGGCAAACGAUUCCCCAUCAACAGUGUGCUAAGGGAUCACUUGCUACGGCAUGCAGGCAUUAAGAACCACGUCUGUCCGUACUGCGGCGUGGGCAAAACAACGCGCCAGGAGUGGAACAAACACAUUCUCACCCACACCAAGGAGAAGAAGUACGAGUGCCGCCAGUGCGAGCACACCUCGCACAACAAGCAAGCCCUGGCCAACCACGUCAAGGUGGUGCAUGAGAAGAGGAAGGAUUUCGCCUGCCAGUACUGCGGGAAGACGUUUGGCAAGUCGCAUGCCUGCAAGAUCCACGAGAGAAGCCACACGGGAGAGAAGUGCUGCGAGUGCAAGAUCUGCGGCAAGGUCUUCCUCUUCGAGAAGGGCCUAACCAAGCAUUUAAAGACUCACGAAAAGUCGGAUCUGCCCAGAAACCAGACCACAGUCAAUCCAUUACUGGCUGAGGUCGCUGCGGCAGCCUCUUCCUCAACCAUUGCGAAGCCCAGCCCUCACCUGCGAGGACGUGUGGAGAGAGUGGACAUUGCUCAGUUGGCAGGCACUGUGGUUAAUCCCAUACCGUCUGUGAACCUACCGUCGUGGUCGCCGCAGGUGAACUUCACCAAGAAGGAGGGCCAGCACAUGUGCCCGGACUGCGGCAAGGGAUUCAACCAUGUGAGCAACAUGAAGCUCCACUACAAGGUGGUGCAUCAGAAGGUGAAGGACUUCUGCUGCCGUUUCUGCCCCAAGCGGUUCGCCAAGAAGCAGUAUCUGCGACACCACGAGUACAUACACACGGGCGAGAAGCCGUACGAGUGCAAGGUGUGCGGCAAACACUUCCGCCAGGAGCAGGUGCUCAAGACCCACAUGAAGGUCCACGACAAGCCCCCGAGGCCCCCAAGCAAGCCCAAGGAACCGGUGGCCCCCAAGGCAGAAACGGCCAAGCGACAGCAGCCAAAGAACUUUGAGCAGUACCAGGAUCCCGCUGCCGAGCGGGCUGCCGCCACCGCGGAGCUAUUGGCCUACCAGCUGGAGGAGAACGAAGCUAAGCGGAAGGCGGAGGUGGAGCUGCGGAAGAUCCAGGAAGCGGCAUUCGAGCAGUUAAACAAGCUGCAGAAGCAGACGAACACCUACGAUGGCUUCUAUGCCCAGAAGGCCGAGGCGGAAGGCACCACCAUCGAUGCAUUCAAAUUGGAUCAUGUCUGAGGACAGCAAUAAAACUCUAUAUGUUUAUUAUUAUUAGUAAUAUACACGUA